AUGGCAGCCCCUGCGCUCCAAAACUACCAGAUUGGCGAUUGCUUGGGGAAGGGGGCAUUUGGCAGCGUCUACAGGGCUCUCAAUUGGACCACUGGAGAAACGGUGGCUGUCAAGCAGAUCCAGCUGAGUGACAUUCCCCAUUCCCAGUUGGGCGAGAUUAUGUCGGAGAUAGAUCUCCUCAAGAAUCUCCAUCAUCCACGCAUAGUGCGCUAUGGCGGUUUCGUAAAGACGAAAGAUGCUCUGUUUGUUAUCCUUGAGUACUGCGAGAACGGUUCCCUGGCUUCGAUCUGCAAGCGUUUCGGUAAAUUCCCCGAGGCGCUGGUGGCCGUUUACAUAUCACAAGUCCUCGAAGGUCUCCAAUACCUCCACGAUCAGGGUGUAUGUCAUCGUGAUAUCAAGGCUGCCAAUAUCCUCGCAAUCAAGGACGGUAAAGUCAAACUCGCGGAUUUCGGUGUAGCUACACAAGCACACCUAGCAGAUAACUCUGUAGUUGGUAGCCCCUUCUGGAUGGCUCCGGAGGUCAUUGAACAGUCCGGAGCGAGCACUGCAUCCGAUAUUUGGAGCGUAGGCUGUGUCGUGAUUGAGCUGCUAGAGGGGCGCCCACCAUACUCACAUCUUCCUCAAAUGAGCGCACUCUGGGCUAUCGUUCAACACGACCAAAUGCCAAUCCCAGAGGGUUCCUCACCCGUUGUCAAAGAUUUCCUCCUCCAUUGUUUUCAAAAAGAUCCUAAUUUGCGUGUCUCAGCUAAGAAACUACUCAAGCAUCCUUGGAUCCGCCAAAUUAACUCGCCAGACAAAAGUAAUACCAAGUUUACCCAACUUUAUAGAAGAAAUACCCCAACUGAGGACCACGAAACUUACGACAACGCCGUACAGAAGGUGCAAGAGUGGAAUGAGGCUUUAAAAUCCCCGCCUAAAAGCUCAAAGACUAAGUCGCUCUUCCCUGCUCGUGAUAGCAAGUCUACUUUCUCUCCGCUACGAAGAUCGUCUCUUAACAAUGAUAGUCCCAACCCCGCUACGGUAUCAAAUCAACCGCCUGCGAAACCAUUCACGGUUAGGAAUGACAAUAGAGAGAAUGUCCUCAGUAAAACGCAGGAGGAUGAGGAAGACAAUUGGGAUGCAGACUUUGCUGGCACAAUCUCCUUUUCGAAAGCACAGGAUGCAAUUUCAGGUGACACUGGCAAAUCAGACGAUAAUACCCAAACUAUAAAACCAAACUCGAGGAAAGCCAGCGAGGAUCACAGCAUAACGUCACGUAUACCUAAUAAGAUAAUUGAAGAUUACUCUGACCUCGGCGGAGAUGAAGAUGACAUUGUACUCAGCGAGAAGAUAUCAAGUUUGAGGUUGAAGGGUGGCCUCUUCCAUCCAAAGGACCUAGGCAGGCUGAGAGAAGAGCCAUCACCACCAUUGCAAUCGUCGUUUAACAUACCACAGAAGAAGCCAUCUCUACCAAAACGCCCCUCUCCUCCAACAUCGCUGCGUUCUCACAGCAGAUCACGCUCAAGUAUAUCCUCCUUGCCAGCGCCAUCGACAGAGCAAACAAGGAAAACGAGCGAUCUGGCAAAGUAUUCUGAAGUUGACGACGAAGACUUUGACGAUGUUUUUGGUAAAGCGCCGCCAUCAGUGUCAGGUGAAAGUGGGCAAACGCUACAACUGACGACCAAGUUGUCUAAUAAAUCGUGGCUCGGUGACGACGUAGCCGAUGAUGAGGAUCCAUUUGCACAAAUUGAGGAUGACUUUGCCGAGAACGAUAUUGAGUCAAACUUGGUCAGAGAUAGACAUGCAAGGUUAUGUGCUAUGGUCGCUGAAUUAGUCGAUCAAUUAGAGGCUGGUAAGUCUGAAGAGAAGCUGAAUGAAAUGCUUGACGAGUUGUUGCACAUACUCGAAGAGUUCCCGGAUAUGUAUAUGCAAUUUGUUGCAGCCAGGGGCAUGCUUUCAUCACUCGAGGUUCUAGAAAGUAAACCCAGCAAAGAUGUAAUUUACAAGCUGCUGAGGAUAAUAAAUCUCAUUGUCUCGGUCGAUCCUGGUCUUGUUGAGUCAUUCUGCCUCGUCGGGGGUAUAGCGGUGGUGAUGACUUAUGCGAGCAAACGUUAUUCGCAUGAACUUCGGCUGGAGGCUGCGUCGUUUGUAGGCCAUGUUACCCACACGAGCGUCUUGACGCUGCAGAUGUUUAUAGCGUGUCGAGGGUUUAGAGUCCUUGUCGAUCUGCUGGAUGAGGAAGCGCAGGAGCUGGUAUACGAGGCAGUCUCAGCAAUCUCUAGUGUAUUCGAAUCACAUUCCCUUACUACAAAAACGGACUUUUGUAGGAUAUUUGCUAAGGAAGGUCUUCUAGAGCCACUUUCUAGUGCUCUUACUACGGCACUUAGGGAGACAUCUGAUGAAGGUGCGCAAGUGAGGGACAUCUCAAGCAAGAUCUACUUGCUGUUUGCGCAAGUGGGACAGAACGACAACGUGGUCUUGAAUGCGUUGGGCACACGCAGCAUUCUAAGACGCCUUCUAAAGGCGUGUGAGAGUUUAUGUGACAAGGACAAGAUGUCAUCCCUGCUGAUCACGCUGUUAAAGACGUUCAAGCAUAUAUCGACAUCGGCGGGAAUGUUGGAUGUGCUGCAAAACAGCAACGCAAUUGAAGUAUUUGUCAGAGUGCUCGACAAGCGUAAGGAGGGAGAGCGGAGUAGUGAAAUUUCGUCGCAAGUGCUGCAGAUAUUCUACUCACUUACACGACUUUCACCAAGCAGACAAGAAGAGGCGGCACAGGCGGGAUUGAUACCACUGUUGAAGAGAGUUUUUGAAGUUUCAUCGCCGCUGAAGCAAUUUGCAUUGCCAAUACUAUGUGACUUUGCGCAUGCUGGGAAGAGCUGCCGAGCGCUGCUUUGGAAACACAACUGCUUGGAUCUCUACAUUCUACUAUUGCAAGAUGCAUACUUCCAAGUUUCGGCGUUGGAGGCAAUACUCAUCUGGCUGCAGAAUGAGACUGAUAGAGUGGAGGGUCAGUUGCUUCAGCCAAGACCACUGGAAAGUCUGUUGACUAUGUUCGUACAAGCCAAGGCCAACUCGUUCGAAGCAAGUCUGGAACCGAUACUGAAAAUGUGCAGGAUCAGCAGGGGAUUGGUUCUGGGAGUUGCGAAAGCAAGCUUCUUUAGGAAGCUCAUUGAUAAGCUCUCGCACACGAAAGCGCUCGUCCGGCUAAACUUGCUCCGUAUACUGAGGCUGGUGCUGGAGGUGCAUCCCAACUGUAAGAGUAUUGUAGAGGAAUAUAGAUUGAUAGAGGUGAUAAGCGAGCUUGGAGUGAAGGAUAGUGCGAUACUGGUUAGGGAGUUGAGUAAGGAAAUAUCGAAUGAAUUGAAGGCUGGAAAAUACACAAGCCUGGCAAGGGAGCGAAGAUCGACAUCGGACAACGGCGUUCUGGGAGCGAGCCGCGCGUACAGGCCGCACAGGAGGAUACCGUCACGAGGAUUUUGA